AUGGAUGAGGUGGAGCUUGAGGAGGCGUGGCUGACAGAUGCGGGGUUGGCUUCCCUGGUGACGGGCUUGCCAUUGGCAGAUGAGGUGCCACCGCCAGCUGAGGUGCUGCUGUCCACUUUGACACAUCAACAAGCAACCACUGUGAGGAAGAGGCUGGAUAACUAUAACGAGACACUGAAGAAGAGAAACAGACAGCCAAUCAGAGAUGUCCGGGAUAUCUUCACUGAGCCUGACGACCCAGCAGACAGAUGUGUGUACCCCCACUCCCAUCAUGCUGAACCACCACCAAGUCGAUACCACACCACCACCAAGACCAUUCGCCGAAAUACUUCCAGAGUACGACCAACUCUACCCGUGUUGGCUGUUGAAGAUCAACUACCAGAGCACCCCUCACCCCCCUCAAACACAGACUCUCUGCAUCACGCAAACUCUCCAGGAAACAAAUGCUCUCCGACACAUGUCAUCGACACAAAUGUUCUGACACACGCACAUUCUCCAACACACACUGACUCUCACAAAUAUACCUCUUCCCCUCCUCACACACACUCACCCCCCGUCAGUCAAUUGAUGCAACCUGACUGGGUGCUGCGGGACUCUCCAUACUCAGAAGGUGUGGCUGAGCACAAAAGGGGCAAGGCUUGUUGGGACUGUUUACGUUUCCAUAGAGACAACAACAGUGAGCUGCAGUUUGCAUCUAUCCCUCCCUCUCAGGGUCUUAGCUGUGCAGGCGACCUGUCGUCACGUGACCUCACACAGCUGUGUUUCAUCUCGCACAUUGAGCUCACAACCUUCCUGAUGACUCUGGGCAUCCACACCAAACGCACACGUCCUCCACGCUGCAGGAACCGGGACAGUGGUGUGUUUGGCGUUCCUCUGAACACGCUGUUGGAGAAAGACAGGAAGAAGUUUCCUGGGGUCAAAGUUCCUGUCGUGUUCCAGAAGUUGUUGUGUAUCUUAGAGCAAACAGGCCUGUUGACUGAGGGGAUUCUCAGAGUACCAGCAUCAGCUGCUAGAGUCAAGUGCCUUCGUAGAGAAUUAGACAGGUGCUAUGAGGGAUUUGACUGGUCUGCGCUGAGACAGGUGGACGCUUCCAGUCUGUUGAAGCUUUUCAUCAGAGAGCUGCCAACCCCUCUGCUGACACACACACACCUGUCCACCUACCGCUCUGUACUGAGUAUCCCCUCUGAGCUCCAUCAGGUUCAGGCCCUGCAGCUGCUGACGUUGCUUCUUCCAGAAGCCAACAGAGAAAUUCUGAGAGCUCUGCUGGUCUUCCUCCGUAUGGUGGUCUCUCAUCAGGAUCAGAACCGUAUGUCUCUGUGGAAUGUGUCCAUGGUGAUGGCACCCAACCUGUUCCGUCGUCACCAUGGAAACAAGCGCUCAAUUGCUAAACGAGAUGAGAUGGAGGAGGCAGUGGGUGGAGCUCAGCUGAUCCGGCUGAUGAUCAUUCACCAGGACUUGAUUUGGACCGUCCCCAAGUUUCUACUGUCUCAGGUGAGACAGAUGAACCAGGUGUCCAUUCAGAAACAGCUUGGCCUGAGCUGGACCAGUAGACUUUUGAGGAAGAAGAAUGACAAGAAUGAAAGAGAUCAGAUCACAGAGCUGUGUGAAGGUGUGAUCAGAGUUCAUGCUCCUCUACACACCAAGAUUUCCAUGGUGAUACAACUUGAGGAACAGACAACAGCCAAGGACAUAACGUCCCGCUUCGAGUGUGAGAACAGUCCAGUUCAACAUCUGUAUGAAGUUGGAGGAAACAUCUGUGAGCGUCGUCUUCAUCCUGACUGUGUUCUGUUGGAUGUUUACAGAGUUAAUCCCCACUGUGAUUGGCUAAUUAAACCCUGA